AUGCUUCCUCGGAGCCUAGUGGCGAGCGUAGUGCUCUGGCUGGGAACAGGCUGCCUAGUGGCCGGUGCAGCUCCGAUCGAGCAUGCCGGCGUACAACUCAAGGGCGCCGACUUUCACUCCACCAUCAGCUCCGGCCUCUGGUUCAUCGAACAUUUCUCACCCUACUGUCACCACUGCAAGCAAUUUGCACCGGCAUGGAGAGAUCUCGUCGAGAAGUCCCAGCCCCUCAUUGAUGCCGGUCGGAUCCAAUUUGGCCAGGUCGAUUGCGCAGAUCAAGGCGAUCUAUGUGAUGCAAACUCUGUCAAAGCCUAUCCGGAUCUGCGGAUGUUCAAAGACGGCAUCUCUUCGACGCCCUUUGUAGAGGAGCGCAGUGAGGAUAAGCUUACCGCUUUCAUCGACAAGGAGAUUGCUGCCUACAAGCCUGUCAAGGCAGCGCCCGCCGCAGCCGUCACCGAGAAGAGCGAUACGUCAAAGGAUAAGAUUGUGCCUGACCUGCCAGUCCCGAUACAGGAGGCAAAGGUGAAAGCGGACGAGUCUGUCAAGGCUGUCAGACCACCCGCCGUCGACGAUACGCCGUCUACGAGCACAGGCUCAGAAUUUGUCAUCCAGAGCCGAUCGCGCGAUCUCCCCAACAUCGACGGUCAACUCCUCACGCUCAACGCAACAGGCCUGACCCAUCUCAUUUCUCCCUCCGCAACAGCGCCUAUCUUCAUCAAGUUCUUUGCGCCCUGGUGCAGUCACUGCAAGAAGCUCGCCCCUGCCUGGAAGGACUUGGCCGCUCUUCUUAAGGAACGCGUCCAUGUCGCAGAAUUCGACUGCGAUGUUGCCGAGCACCGCGAGGCUUGUCGCAAGGCAGACAUACGUGGCUUUCCGACCCUGACUUUCUUUCAUCAGGGAGAAAGCAUAGAAUACAAGGGCUCGAGAUCGCUCACGCAGAUGCAAGCGUUUGCGCUCAAGGCUGCUGCAAGUUUCGGCGUGCAUGACAUCAGUCCCGGCGUCUUCGAGCGAGUCAGCCAAGAGGAAGACAUCUUUUUCCUCUACUUAUAUCCAAAGACCGCGACCGAGGAAGAGACAAGCCUCGUCUCGGAAGCUGCCAAGGUCCUCCUGGGCGGCGCAAAAAUAUUCAAGACGUCGUCGAGCGAUCUCUUUGAGCGAUACAAGCUUCCCCUCACUGAGGCUCACAUACUCGUCUUCAAGGACUACGAUAUCGCACAGCCUCUCAAGACGCUACAUAUGUCUUCCGUCUUUGCGGAUCGCGAAAUCAGAGCUUGGCUGUUCGCCAACAGGCUACCCUCGCUGGGUGAAUUGAAUGCGCAAUACUUCAAGGACUACACAGAGGGAAGCGCAUACAUGGUCCUCGCUGCGCUAUCUCCGCAAAAACUAGGACCCGAUGGCAUGCAGCAGCGGAAAGACGAGCUGAGAACUCUGGCAAGAUUAUAUAGCGAUUCGCAAGCGCAGACUGGAGAUCUGAAGCCUGUCAACUUUGCAUGGAUGGAUGCAGACCAGUGGUCCAAGUGGCUCCAGCAGAACUACAAGAUCAGCAUCAAGGGUACAGACGUUCCCAUUGUCAUUGCUGACCCCAAGGUAUCUUUCGCACGGCUUCACGCUCUACAUGGCCGACGGCUGACUCAAUCGCAGAGGCUGGAAUACUUCGACGUCGAUACACACGGUAGACGGAUAGCACUAAGUGAGAGCUCUAUCUUCGCUACCUUAAGCGAGUUCCAACGCGGUCUACUAUCACCAAAGUCAUCGCGGGGCCUCAUGGACAGAUGGGCUUUCACGCUGCAGCAAAAGAUGGAAGGUGGCAUGCAUUUCAUGCUCGACAAUCCUGUCUACUUCAUGGCGGUUGUUCUAGUGAUGGCACUUCUGAUCAUCUGGAUGAUCUAUUCGGUUCUUACCGAGCUGCCGACUGGCAGCACCAAAGGCACUUACACGCCCAUGCGACCGGGCGCUUCUGGGCCCAAGUCGCUUUAUACAGCCCCUGUCAGCACUGUCAAGGCCGACUAG